GGUACUCCAUCGCAGGCAAGCGACAUUAUUUCUUCAUCUUCUUGGUUGAUAUCCAGGAUGGCAACUUCCAGUGCAAAGCAAUUGUUUUGCUACCUCCAUAUAGGAGGACAAUUUAUUAAUGGUGUAGAAGGUGAAACGCAGUAUGUUGGAGGUGGUGUGAGAACAAGAAUGAUAAAGGAAGGGACAUCAUAUGGAGAAUUUAGAACAAUGGUGGCAUCAAUUGUGGGAAAAGAAAGUAAUGGAAUGGUUAUGAAAUUCACAGUAACCUUUGAUGAGUGUACAUUUGUGGACCUUGUAGAUGAUGAAGGAGUAGAACAUUUGAUUAACUUCAAUGGCGACAGUGGUCAUGUAUAUAUAGGAGAAAAUGGAGAUCAAAAUUCACAACUAACAAGGGAUGUUGUAAUAGAAGAGCAACAUGUGAUGGAAGACUUGUUCGGAGGUUCAGAUACAUUGUCCAUGUCUCCACCUAAUGUGGUUAGUGAAGACCCACUAUUGUUGCCAUGUGGUUCAGAAAUGAUGCCAACCCCAAUUCCGGAAAUGAAUUCAAUAAAGUGGAAGGGUUUGGUUAUCGGAGAAGGACAGAUUUUUCCUAAUGCAGUGGCUCUUAGGCAAGCACUGUAUAGGUAUAUGGGUGCAUACUCAAUGGGACAAAGACAAGAUUCUGAGUUGUUAAUAAUUAGAACCUUAAGAAGUGAGCAUGUGCAUUAUGCACAGGACAGCUUGGUUGUAUCUCACUCUAGAGGGUCAAACUUAACAUCAUCAAUCAUGAUAGAUUCUUUGAGGUGUAAUAUAGACAAGAAUGCUAAUGAACUUAGAAGAGAUCUGUAUAGAGAAUAUGGGGUGCGACUGAAUUAUAGUCAAGCAUACAGGGGUAGAGAAAGAGCAUUGAGGGAAAUACAUGGUCGUGCACAGGAUUCAUACAUGGCGAUUCCCUGGAUUUGUGAAAGGCUCAUUGAAACUGAUCCAAACACAAGUGCUCGAUGGGAAGGGUUGGAUAGUAACAGAUUUCAGAGGGUGUUCAUUGCUUAUGGAUGCUCAAUUAAUGGAUUUUUAGAAGGGUGUCGACAUAUACUUUAUAUAGACGGCUGUCAUCUAAGUGGUCCUUACAGGGGGACAUUGAUUUCAGCUAAUGCAUAUGAUGCAGACAAUGAACUAUUUCCAUUAGCAUAUGCUAUAGUUAGUGGGGAGACAUAUGAUGAUUGGGCUUGGUUUCUCCAGAACAUCAAAGACAUCACAAGAUCAGUGGAGACAACGAUAGUUUCAGAUCGGAAUAAUGCCAUUAUAGGUGCUGUGCGAACAAUAUUUGGUGGCGAGAGACAUGCUUUUUGUUAUAGGCAUGUGAAAGAAAAUUUUAGUGCACAUUAUUUAAAAAUUAACCGAGGCAGGGGACGAGUUUCAGGUACUUCAAAGGACGUUGCAUUGAAAAUGCUGGAUGGAAUCGCCUAUGCAAGGAUUGAGGAUGAAUAUGUUGCUGCAAUGGGGAAACUUAGAUCAUUCUGUCCACAAUUGGCUGAUUGGGUUGACACUCAAGGAGAUGUAGAUCGGUGGGCUUUAAGCAAAUUCCCGUUUAAGCGAUGGGAUAACAUCACUACUAAUGUUGCGGAGUCGUUUAAUGCCUGGAUUUUGAAGGAGAGGAAGCACAAUGUGUCAGUUCUCAUACAUGAGCAUAUGGAGAAAUUAGCCAAGAAGAUGGUUGCAAGCAAAAUGGCAAUGGAAAAUUGGACAAAUGGCGUUGGGCCAAAUAUUGAGUCCAAGUUGCAAGAAAAAGUAGCAAGAGCGGAGAAUAUGCAUACUGUAUAUUAUGGAGAUAACCGAGUUCAAGUUGAUACUACAUCUCCUACUGGAAUAAUUUGUGUCACUGUUGAUCUCACAGCUCAGAAAUGCACUUGUUUAGCAUGGCAAAUGAGCGGAGUACCUUGUGCUCAUGCCUGUGCAGCGAUAAAGCUACUUCAUGGUAGUGUUUAUGAAUUUGUAGAUGAUUGCUAUAAGCUGUCAGCCCAAGAGAAGAUAUAUGCAAGUAGUAUGAGGCCAAUUGCGACACAUGAUUGUCCUCGUCCCGAAGCUCUCACCGUUACGCAGAUGAUGACGGGAACAUUUUUACAGCCACCAAUCACUAAAAGACCCUCAGGGAGGCCAAAGAAAAGAAGGAUUGAAUCUCAAUUUCAAAGUAAAAAACUUUACCACUGUGGAAGAUGCCAUGAGCCAGGCCACACUGUGAAGACUUGCCAGAACCCCAAUCCAAGUUGAGCUUUGCUGGUGGCUUGUUGAUAUUUCGUUUUGUGAAUGCUUGUGACAGCAUUUUUUUUGUAAAUGUCAUAACCUACACCUCAAGUUGUCCGUCAUUAUCCACACAUGCAACACGUAUGCUUUUUUGAAUAGGUUGUAAAUUUGGUGUAGUUAUGUUGUACAUAUAUAUAUCAAGUGGUAAAUGACACCUGGUUGUAAUCUGAUAUAACAUCAUUUCUGUAUUUUUGAUGUACUGGUGAAUAGGUUGUAAUGGACUUGUUAUCAGACGCCAUGCAGGUUGUCAUUAGCAGUCUCAAUUAUGUUACUGAUAUAAAGUGACAAUUUCUCCUA